AUGCUACCGCACAGGUCCGCAGUCUUCACAGCACUGAAUAACUUUGGGUUGGAAGCCGCCUAUGGAUGGAUCGAUGGCAGAGCCUUCUAUAAUCUCUGCAGAAACUUUGGAGGUGGGGACUCUACAUGCUUCGAUUGCUCUAAGUGGCACAACGUCAAUACCGCCAUCUAUUGCGAUGUAUCCUAG